AUGGAUGUGGAACGACUAAUAGAGGAAGUUCGUAAGUUUCCUGUUCUUUACGAUCAGGGAAGUGAAAAUUACAGGAAUAUCGAGUACAAAGACAGAGUUUGGAAGACAAUUGCAACAGAUCUACAAGCCAAAGGUGGAAUAGAGGAAUGCAAAAAAAAAUGGGCAUCUGUUCGUGACCAACUAAGGAAGACCUUGCAGAAAAGGAAAACUGUUUCAGGACAAGCUGCUGUUCAUCAACAUAAAUACAAGUAUGAAGAUCUCUUAACGUUCCUGCUACCUUACAUGGUAGAACGAGAAACAGUUUCCAAUGUUCCUUACACGCAAGACAAUAAUGAGCAUAAACAAGAAUCAAAUACAGAUUCCCAAGAGGAGCAGUCGAUUGUUGAAAACGAAAAAGUGUCUACACAAGAAGACAUUGCAGAUGAAGAAUGGAUCAUUAAAACCCAGGAUAGUGAAACAGAGAAUUUGAUAGAGCGCACUCGGCAUUCCCAGACGCCCUCAGCUCAUUCGUCCGUCACUUCAAAGAAGAACACGUUUAUGAAACCACCACUGAAACGAAAAUUUCAGCGUGAGGUUAAACCACAAGAAUCUGCAUCAAGCCAGCUCAUGGCUUACAUUUUGGCAGAAAAAAAAGCUGAAAAACAGAGAGAUAUACAAAACCCAGUUGAUGCUUUUUUGGCUGGUAUAGCACCAGCCCUAAAAUCAUUGCAUCCACUACUGUUUCAUCAAGCUAAAAGUAGGAUUUUUUCAAUUGUACAAGACUUUGAACUGAAGCAACUCAUGAAUGACGUAUCAGUCCAUCAAUUCACUCGAUCAUCCUCCAAUUCCUCAGCAAAAUCUGUUUCAACACCAUAUCCUUCACCUGUGGGAAACGAGUCAACAGAACCUACACAGCAGCUUUUGGACCUGCAAAGGGAUUCGCACAAUUCGUAUAUAAAUAACCAAAGCCAUCAUCCUCCAAGUUCCCCUGCAUCCUCAUCAGCUUCAGAAACUAAUUCACUGAAUAGUCCUCAUUUGUUUUUCUUAGGGUAG